AUGGAAGAGAAUGUAGUUAUUGGAAAUAAAUAUUCAUAUUGCAAAAAUAAGAACAUAGUGAUUGGAUCAUUUACACAAAUAAUUUUAGGCUAAAAUUUAUAAACUCAAGAGGCUUUAGCGUUUAAAAUUAAGUAAAAAAUUAACUCUAAGUAAAAUUUUUAUUUUAUUAGUCAAGUAAUAUAAUAUAUGGAUUAAUUGUGGAUUAAGUGGAAAUACAUAAUGUAAUAGCAGAAUUAGUAAAAAAUGCUAUUUGUCCAUUUAUCAGUAAAACCUACGAAUGCUUAGAGAUAUAAGAUAAUAUAAUUUUCGUUAUGGAAUUGUGCAAUUAAGGAUCUUUAGAGUAAAAAAUUCGAAGAAAAAAGAAGAUUCAAGAAGAUGAAGCCUUAUUCAUUUUGUUUUAAAUGCUGUAGGCACUUGCUCUAUUGGCUAAAAAUAAUAUUGCUCAUAGAAAUAUUAAACCUGAACAUAUUUUAAUUAAGGAUGAAGUUUAUAAAUUAGGAGGCUUUAGUUUUGCUGAGUAAAAGCCAACCUAUAAAACUAAGCUUGGUACUUUAGUAUAUUUGGCACCUGAAAUUUUUACUAAUGAUGAUUAUGAUCAAAAAGUAGAUAUGUGGUCUUUAGGAUUGGUUAUUCAUCAGGCGCUCUUUGGAGAACUAUAUUAUUUUGGAUAGGACCAUAAUAAAAUCAAAGAAUCUAUUUAAACUAAGUAGUACGAUAUUAACGAUUAGAAAUAUGAUAUUUCGGAUGAAUUUAAGGUGUUGUUGAGUUAAAUGAUUCAAAAAGAUCCUAAAUAAGUAAAUAAUCAAAUUUAAUUCAUUUUAGAGAAUCUCAGCAGAAGAUGCACUUCAGUAAUUUGGGAUAUUCAACAAAUUUCAAACUGACCCAAGAUACAUAAAAAUAAUGGAAGAUGAAAAAUAAUUGUUGAAAUAGUUUGAAGAAACUAGACAAUAGAUUUAAAUUUAGGGACAAGAAGGUAUAGAAUAAUAAAGGCAGUUUUAAUCUUAGUGAUUUAACUUAAUACUAAAAUGAAAUACAGAAAGCAAAGUAGAG